UGCACUGAACUGUACCCUUGCUGGCCUCGCCUGUCCGUGUCUACCUCAGUUCUCCCCAAACACCAACUGCUCAAACAUGUCGUCGGACUCAGAGAAUUCUCAAGUCAAUUACGAUCGAUUGAGCGCACGAGUUCAGCAUACUGCACGAUACUCAUCUCCUGAAGCCGGAUCGGACCAUGCCACGGAUAACGACUUCAUGGAAGUUGGGGGCCAGUUUGGGGGAACUGAGUGGGAGCCAUAUCCUUAUCAUCUGGAGCUUAGUGAGAGCGAGUCCAACGACCCACAGACGACCCUACAUACGGGAAAUCAGCCCCCGAUCAACGCGUACUCCACGGACGACAGUCGACCUCCGCCUCGGGUUUCGUCCACACUCCCACCUCGGACCCUUAUUCGAUCCCAUUUGGGCCCUUACAUACACUCUUCUGAGUAUCGACGUUCCAGAUCAGAGAGACGCAGUCAACAGAGAAGAAGACUUCGUUCCAGGCAGCGCAGUCAAAGCUCAAGAGAGAGUGAUGAAAACCCUCGAUCGGACCUGACCAUUGGCUAUUCCCCCGAGCGCGGGAGAAACAACGAAAAUAAUUGUGGCACGACACCAACACCGGCGUUCUCUCCUAGUCGCACUCCAUCCCACCAUUCUAGAGAAACAGAUGAAGAUGGGGCGCGAGGAGCAGAGCCCCAGUCACCACAUCCUUUUUCUGAAUACGACCGUUAUAACCCUGACCGUUGGAGGAUCACUUUAAGCGGCCUCGAAGAACAAUUCUCCAGUCGUGAAUGAUCGUCUCUUGGGUCGACUACACACGCAUGCCAGCUUGUCGGGGACUUUAUAUUUUCAUACAAUAUUGUAUGGGCCAUGUCAGAAAUCAUCUGCAUUGCCGAAGCAUCUCUAUUUCAAUUCACUCUUAUGUCGACUAUCGGGAGGGACUGCUUUGUACUGCUGUUGUUGCUGCUUUUGAAUUGUAUGAUUACAUGUUCGCUUGUUCGGUUAGUCGUCCGUGUUACCGCUGGUCGUUUCGCGGCAUCUUCUUGUUACCAGGCUUGCACAACGGAAUGUUGUUCUGUAAGUUUGAGAAAAAUCGUCGUCAAUUGCCAGAUAUCAACUCUCAGUCAACCGUCAACAAGCUUGCAUCCGUGGAACUCUUCUAAUACAGUCGCAGCGUCCAGGGAGUGGUGGGCAAUAGCUCGCAUACUGAUGCAAGUACAGAAUCAAAGGCGCACAUCUGACAAGCG